GUCCCAUGACGUCGGGGGACCAUUCUACAUGACAACACGUCGUCAGGUUGCUAAGUUAGCUUGUGAGCUAGCUGCACUUAGCGGACCAAAUGAUGUGGCUAGAGAAAAACCCGGGUUUGCUACGUGUCAGCCAUAAAACAACAAUGGACUCAGAGAGAUGAAUCGACAAUGUCAGAUAUUGUAAAGACAGCUCCGGACUCAGACUACAGGAGAACGCUCCUGUCAUGGCAGCUGGUGUCAGCAUACUGAGUGACCUGCCUUACCCCACCAGUGGAGCUUGCAGUGGAAAGAUCAGCACAGAGAUGGAGACAGCCAAUACUAGGGUCCCUACAGCAAAGUACACCAAGAUGGGGGAGACCCUGAGACAUGUCAUCCCCGGUCACAUGCAGUGCUCCAUGGCCUGUGGAGGGAAAGCCUGUAAAUAUGAGAACCCCUCUCGCUGGAGUGAUGAGGAACAAGCUGUCAAAGGCCUCUACUCGUCCUGGAUUACUGACAACUUGCUAGCUAUGGCAAGGCCUUCAACUGAAAUCAUAGAUAAAUAUAAUAUAAUUGAACAGUUUCAAAGCUGUGGUUUGAAGACGGUCAUUAACCUGCAGAGGCCCGGAGAACAUGCCAGCUGUGGCAACCCGCUGGAGCAGGAGAGCGGUUUCACUUAUCGACCUGAAAUCUUCAUGGAGGCAAACAUUUAUUACUACAACUUUGGGUGGAAGGAUUAUGGUGUGGCAUCUCUGACUACAAUCCUUGACAUGGUGAAAGUCAUGUCAUUUGCUGUCCAAGAGGGGAAAAUGGCUGUCCACUGCCAUGCUGGUCUUGGAAGAACAGGUGUGUUGUUGGCUUGUUACUUGGUUUUCACGUCCCGCAUGAGCGCUGACCAAGCCAUCCUGUUUGUUCGAGCCAAGAGACCCAACUCCAUCCAGACCAGAGGCCAGCUGCUGUGUGUCCGGGAGUUCGCCCAGUUCCUGGUUCCUCUCCGAAGCGUCUUCUCCUGUGCAGAACCCAAAGCAAGUGCUGUCACCUUGUCCCAGUACCUUACACGGCAGCGCCACCUGCUGCAUGGCUACGAGGCUCGACAGAUGAAGAAUGUGCCAAAGAUCGUCCAGCUGGUUUGCAGGCUCCUCGUCGACAUCGCAGCCAACCGACAGGUGGUGAUCGAGGAGGAGCGGCUGGAGAUCCCCGACCUCACAGCCGAGGUGGAGAAGACCGUGUCCCAGCAAGCCCUUCAGCAGCUCGGGAAGGAGAUGAGAGGAAAGGGGAUUCCUGUUCCACCUUUUUCGUCUCAUCCUCUCAGCCCACCUGCUCUACAGUCCAGACCUCCUCAUGAUCAACCUCUCGCCAGUGACAAUGAGCUUGACCCUCUGUGGAGGCAGCAGAAUGUAGAAAGCCCUCUGAAGUCCUCCCUGUCCACAAACAGGAGCCUCAGUUACAGCGAUUCUGUCCUUGACCAAGUUGGACCACAGCAGCACAAUUUAGGAAAUCUGAAGAGCAACAAACCAAUCCGGUGCCUGAUCAAACAUUCCUUAUCUCACAGUAGCCUUCCAGCCUGUAUCCCUCCCAGAUUCUAUGACCUCUCUCUUCAGGACAUCAUUAGAAGCAUUCGGGGCCACAAUACAGAAGCAAAGCAAGACACGGGAUUCCCCUUAUUAAAAAAGCCACUACAUCAGGGUCUUCAGAGUUUGUCUUUAGAUCUGUCCGAGCAGGGAAUCAAAUCUCACUGUGAUGCCACACUGCCAGCCUUAUCAAACAAGAGCAAACUGCUUACCAGUGAGGAGCCGCCAGAUGUGGAAGUGUCAGCAGGUGGAGCAGACGGAGGGGUUCCCUUCAUCACCCUCCAGUCUGAGCUCUCCCCAGAGAGCAGAUGCCUACUGGUGGCCAAAGCUCUGGCCAUGAACCUGACUGACAAGGAUUUCACCUCCAAGGUCUCAGUGUGGCAGACAGAGCUGAACUCCAGAGAGGGAGCGUGGGAGAGGCUGUGUAUGGAGAGAGAUCCUCUGGUCCUGUCAGGUCUGAUGUGGUCGUGGCUGGAGCAGCUCAAGGACCCAGUCAUCAGCAGAGAGGAAGUAAAAGCUCUUUGCGAGAAGAAUGUAAACCCACAGAAUGCCCUUGGUUCACUAAGAAAGGGCCACAGACUCACGUUGCUGUGUAUCCUCGACUGUGCUGCUCAUCUGCCAAUGCCUGAAGAAGUGGAAAAUAGUUUUCUCAACCAAACAAUACAAGCCUUUACACAGAUUGACCCUGCCUCAGAGAAGAACAAGUCUUUAUACACAACACUUAAAGCAAUCCUGACUCCCAUUCUUCAUGAGCUGUGUGACAAAGCUGUGGAGGAGAACGAAGACUCCUGAUCCAGCCGCAACAGACGACAAGAGGAAGACUCCCAACCAAGUUUCCACUCUCAUUUUGGGGCAUUAUUGUAUUUUCAGUCAGUUCCUUGCAUCAGAUAUUUCUGAGAUCUGCCAAUCUUUAGUCUUUUUUUAAUGUAAUUUAACGGUUUAGCAUUUCAUUCUUGUAAGCUCUUAAUAGACUCUAAGCACUGCCAUUAUUUCAGUUAACGUGCCACUGUGCUCCGUUUGAAAGUAUUUGUUUGUCAUCUGUUCUGUAAUAUUUGUGAGGGACUAGAUGUGCUUUUAUUGUCGAACUAGUUUCUAGGAAAAUGACUGAGAACGUUCUCAUGAUGUUAAUAUAAUGUUAUUUAAAUGUGUAACUCGGCUGUCAAUGCUGUUGGUCUUAUUUGUUAUUUAAACCAAAAUAUGUUUUUAUGUUUUUUACACUGUGUAUAUGCUAAAAUGUGUCUUAUUUAUUCAGAUCUUCUUAUUUGGAAUGCAGCAAUUGGUUCAAUAACUAUAACCUGAUAAGUUGAAAGGUUGCUUUGUUGUGUAGAAUGUAAAGAGUUUUUUUUUUUAGAGUAAAACGCAAACUGUGGCUAUUGUUAUGGCAAUGCAAAUUCAACAGGCCACAGUCCAUUUGCUUUUCCAAUCAAUUGAUGUCCUUAAUACUGCGUUCACCAAACAUCUCUUACUGUUCUGUUCUGUUGUACAUGCCUUUGUCAAACAUCAAUAUCUGCCUCCAACUGCUGCGGUUGGCGAAAUGCUCUCUGCCUCAACUCAAAUGGCCUCUGUCUUGACUCUGUCAUGCUGCUGCUGUGUGUGUGUGUGUGUGUGUGUGUGUGUGUGUGUG